CCCCAACACAUCCACUCGACAUCGAGGUUUUAACUACAAAUAGCCUAAAAUAAGGACACAGCUUCAGACAUCCGGCUUGGCCUCGGAUGCUCCUGGUUAGCUCUUUAUCACUCACUGUCUGGAUGAUCGCAACUCGGCGACGUGUUCAUCGUGUGCUUUACGAAACGUCAGGAUGGAUCUUCUGUCCAACGCGCAAUGCAAGCAUCUGGUCUCUCCAGACUAUAUAAACUUCAUCCUAUCAAUCUUGAUCGUAUUCGGUAUACUGUUAUCAUACCUUCCCCAGCACUACAGAAUCAUCUCCCUAAAGAGCUCCUACGGCAUCUCACCGUAUUUUGUCUUAUUGGGAACAGUCUCCGGUUCGUCGUCUUUAGCAAACGUGGUAUCCCAACAACAAAGUCUGCAGGAUGUUUCCUGUUGCAGUGAUGUCAACGGUCUGGCUUGUUUCGCAGGACUGCUAGGUAUCCUCCAGAUUGGAACACAGUGCCUCUGCUUCUUUAUCAUUCUAUUCUUAUACAUCCUCUAUUUCCCUCGAGAUGUACAGUCGUCUCCUUCAACCACCAAGCCAAGGCCGCAAGGCCCAACAUACCGCACCGCCUUGAUCGUAGGCGCUGUCUGUAUUCUACACAUAUCCGUCAUGCUUAUAGCCACGAUCACCAUUGGAUUCAAACGACCCGGCUCUCUGCAGUCCUGGUCUAACUUCUGCGGUAUCUUAGCCGCGGUCCUUUCCUCGAUUCAAUACUUCCCUCAGAUUUACACCACCGUCAAACUGCGCUGCGUUGGCAGUCUGAGCAUCCCCAUGAUGUGUAUACAGACACCAGGUGGCUUUGUUUGGGCCGCCAGUCUUGCGGCUAGAUUGGGCGCAAAGGGAUGGAGUACAUGGGGUGUUUUGCUCAUCACUGCGACUUUACAGGGUCUACUACUCGUACUGAGCGUUUUCUUCGAGUACCUGGGGCCGAACAAGGGACACAGUCAUGGAGAGGACGGGCCAGUGGAGAAUGAUGAGCGCGAUGAGCAAGAGUCGCGUCCCUCCGAAGAGACACCCCUUCUUCAGAACCAAUGAUCGACCCCUGUAUGAAAGUAAUUGGAUAGCUUUCGUACAAUAGCUGCCCGUGUUUUGAUUUUUUGGAUAUUGUUCUUUUGGAUCUUCAGUUUUUCAAUGAGGAAUGUAAGUAUAAAUGCGAUUUGGAGCCUCGGGUACGAUGCGAUAGACCUUUCCUUUGCUUAGGGUCGAGGCAACUCGUCCAUUUUACUCUUGAACGCAACAGGAAGCCAACAAGAUAGGACAAAAACCUCGAUAGACAAUAUGAUAUAGUUUCAAGUCUAGCCAGU